GAGGGCAGUGCUUGGGGAGGAGAGGCAGGCAGGGGCUGGAGCUACUGGCCCUGAGUGUGAUUGGAGGAAAGGGCCCUUCCUGGGAGCCUCAGAGGCGGGGCAGAGGCUGGGAGGACCCUCCCAGAGUGGGCUGGCUGAAAACAGGAACUUGUGCUCAGAGGGCUCUGCCUUCUCUUACAGCUGUACUAUUUCUUCCUUCCCCAGGAGCUGAGACCUGUCUUCUUUCCGAGGAGCUGAGAUCUCUCUGCCUUCUUUCCCAUGUGCUGAGAUCUCUCUGCCUUCUUCGCCGGGAGCUGAGAUCUCUCUGCCUUCCUCCCCGGGAGCUAAGAUCUCUCCGCCUUCCGGAAGCCAGUAGACCAGCCUGCUGCCCAGGAAGAUAAGGGAAGGACUCUGCCCCUCUGGGAUCCUUCCACCUCCCCAGCUCAGUCUGCAGAGGACCAAGGCCUGACCCAGCAGGGAGCCUGGAGCCAGAGGGAAUGGUCCCUGGGAGCCACAGACCCCCAGCCCAGGAGGUGGUGACAUUCCAGGAUGUGGCUGUGGACUUCACCCAGGAGGAGUGGGGUUUCUUGGACCAUCCCCAGAAGGAGUUGUACAAGGAGGUCAUGCUGGAGAAUGCCCAGAACCUGCUCUUCCUGGGGCUGCCAGUUCCCAGAGAAGAUUUGAUCUCCUAUUUUGAGGAAAGGGAAGCACCAUGGCUCCUGGAGCAAGAAGGCCUGAGGGGCUGCUGUCCAGAAGGACAGAUUGGACCAGCAGUGAAAGAGGCUACUGUAACACUAAGCAUUUCUGUGGAAGAAACUCGCAAGGAAAACUUCAUGAGUGAUGGUUCCUGUGACUUCACUGGGCAAGAAAUGUGUUUUGUACUUCAUAGAAUCCAGACAGGAAAGAAACUUUAUGAAUGUGAUCAAUGUGGAAAGUUGUUCAUAGAGCGCUCCAAUCUUGUUGAACAUAAGAGAAUCCAUACUGGAAAGAAACCUUAUGAAUGUCAUCAAUGUGGAAAAACUUUCUUACAGAGUUCCAGUCAUGCUUUACAUGAAAGAAUCCACACUGGGGAGAAACCUUAUAAAUGUGAUCAAUGUGGAAAGUCUUUCAGACAUGAAUGCCAUCUUGCUCUACAUCAGAGAAUCCACACUGGGGAGAAACCUUAUAAAUGUGAUCAAUGUGGAAAGUCUUUCAGACAGGAAUGCCAUCUUGCUACACAUCAGAGAAUCCACACUGGAGAGAAGCCUUAUAAAUGUGAUCAAUGUGGAAAGUCUUGCAGACAGGAAUGCCAUCUUGCUCUACAUCAAAGAAUCCACAUUGCAGAAAACCCUUGUGAAUGUAAUGAAUGUGGAAGGACUUUCAGAUGUAAAUCCCAACUUGCUCUACAUCAGAGAGUCCACACUGGAGAGAAACAUUAUGAGUGCAAUCAGUGUGGAAAGAGUUACAAAAGCAGUACAGGUUUAACCACACAUCAGAGAAUUCACACUGGAGAGAAGCCUUAUGAAUGUAAUGAGUGUGGAAAGACUUUCAGGUGCAGCUUCAGUCUUGCUUGUCAUCAGAGAAUUCACACUGGAGAGAAACCAUAUGAAUGUGGUCAAUGUGGAAAGAAUUUCCGACAGCACAACAAGCUUGCUGAACAUUUGAGAAUCCACACUGGAGAGAAACCUUAUCAGUGUCAUCAAUGUGGGAAGGCUUUUAGAAGACACGCUGGUGUUGCUAAACAUCAGAGAACCCACACUGGAGAGAAACCUUAUGAAUGUCAUCAAUGUGGAAAGUCUUUCAGGCAGGAAUGCCAUCUUGCUCUACAUCAGAGAAUCCACACUGGAGAGAAACCUUAUGAAUGCAGUCAAUGUGGCAAGGCUUUUACACGGAAGAGUAGUCUUAGUAAUCAUCAGAAAAUCCACACUGGAGAGAAACCUUACAAAUGUGAUAAAUGUGAAAAGGGUUUCAUGUGUCCCUUUCAUCUCACUGUCCAUCAGAAGAUGGAGAGAGACCUUUUGAGUGCCUAGAACAUGGUAAAGCUUUUUAUAUAUGCUCUACCCUUACUAAACAUCAGAGAAUCCAUACUAGAUGACAAACCUCCUUAAUAUAGUCAAUAUGGAAAAUCAUUCAGGCUAGUCAUCCCUUGUUUCCUGUCGGAGAAUUCAGAGGUGGUAGAAAUCGUGUCCUUGUGAUGAAUGUGGAAAGUCAUACAAAUGGUGUACAGCACUUGUUAGACAUCAGAAAAUUCAUUUUGGGAACAAGCCAUAGAAGGACUCAAUGUAGGAAGGUCUUCAGCCCGAGAUCAUUUCUUCCUUUACUGUGCAGAGAAGACCUACGAAUGUGCUCAAUGAAGUCCUGCCUUUCCCUGGAAGAUGGAGGUCACUAGACACCACAGUAUUUUGCACUGAAAAGAAGCUUUCAGAAAGCAAAAAUUGUGGGAAAGCCAUCACCUGGAACUAAUACUUGUGUUUACAUUGGAAAAAUCUUGCUGGACAUAAAAUUUUGUAUCCAAUUAUUGAAGGAAGGCCUCUUCCUACAGCACAGACUUCAUUAGACAUCACAAAUUUCAUACUGUGCACAAAACCUCUGAAAUCCUAAGGUUUCUCAUUAUUCCUCUUUAAUAUGCCAUGGCAUUCUUUUGCCAUAACUUCUUCAGCCAUUCCCCAGUUAAUUGGUACUCACUUUGUCCCAUGAUGUUAGCUGGCACAAAAAUUCUUGCCAUAAAUAUAUAGGUAUUGGUUUGACGUUUAUUUUGUAAUGAUUUUUUUAGGCUGCUCUGUGGCACAGUGAAUAGAGAGCUGUCCCUGAAUACACAAGACCUGAGUUUAAAUUUGGUCUCUGAUACUUUCUAGUUGUGUGGUCCUAGAUGAAUCACUUAAUCUAUUUCUGCCUGAGCUUCCCCAUCUGUAGAAUGGGGAUGGUAAUAAUAGCACCUACUUCCCAGGGUUAAUGAAGGGAUCCAGUGAGACAAUAUUUAUCAAAUGUUUUGCAAGCAUUAAAUCAGUAUGUCAAUAUAAGCUACUAUCAUUAUUAUUCUGUCCCCUUGGAUCAUAAAUCUCAUAGCAAUAUCAGCAGAUUAAAAGGUGCAGAGAGUUUACUCAUUUCUCUUUUUAUUGAGAUUGAUAUUCAGAAGAGUGUAGAUGAAAGCAGUAUGUUGUAAGGAACAGGGAAUAGGCUUUAGAGUUGGGAAGACCUGGGUUGAAAUCCUGCCUCAGAAGCUUUACCUGUGUAACUCUGGGUGAGGAACAGUGUCUUUGUGCCUCCGUUUACUCAUCUCUAAGAAGAGGAGGUUGGAAUUAGUGGCUUCUAUGGGCUCUCUCAACUUUAAAUCUGUUUUCUGAUUGAAAUUACGUUUAUGUGUCUCCUUCCAAAGCCUCUUACGAUAUUCCACGCAGGAGGCCUAGCAGGACCAAAUCUGAGACUGUGACUGAAAGUGGUAGUCACUGAAACUUGCUUGUGCUAAAGUUGAGAGCUUGUACGUGUUGUGUUUUUAAUAUACAAAAGAAAGUGAUUAUAGCAAUCCUGUGUUCAACAGUCACCAAAGUGUGUCACCAAACAAGGGAUAAAGAAAGUCAUACAAGCAAUCAUACAAAAUGAAAUGGUGAAUUUUUUUCCCAUGAAGAAACAAAUGUAUCUAAAAUAUGAAUGUAAAAGGGAUGCAAUUAGCUAUAGAAAUUAUUUGCACCAACUUUCUCUGAUAAAAGUCUCAUCCAAAGUGUUCAAAGAAUGGAUGUUAUAUACAUAUAUAUAUUGAUAUGUGUGUGGAUAUGUAUAUAUACACAUAUUCAUACACUCACACAAAUAUCUCUGUGUGAACACACACAGACACACACACACGAGCCAUUCCUCAAUAAACUUAUGGUCAAAAGCUAUGAAUAGACAGUUUUCAACAGAAGAAAUCCAAGUUAUCAACAAUCAUGUAAUAAAAUGGUCUAUAUCUGAAACCAAAUCACUAAUAAUUAGAAAGCUUUUAAAGACUGGUAAAGGUAAGGAGAAAAUGAUGAUAAAAAAUAGUGGAGGGAUUUCACAAGCCUUUAUAUUGAGGGAUGAUCUUACUUCAUUGUCUGUGUCAAAGAAAACAUUAUAUUUUAUUCUGCAUUGAAGCCUUCAUCUCUAUCAGGGCAUGCAUAGCAUAUUCCAUCUUUUGUCAUCUGGACGUCAUUUUGAGAUUGUCCAAUGAUUUCUUAAAUUCUCUCUCCUUAAUCUGAUUUCCAGUCUGUAUUUUUUUCUAUGAGAAACUUUACAUUUUCUUCUCUUUUGAUUUCAUUUUAGUAUUGUUCAUUGUCUCAUGGAGAUAGAGCUUUGCUUUGCCAAUUAUAUUCAUCUGUAUAUUUGUUGAUUGGGCAAGUUCUAUAGCUCUUGGGCCAACCCCAUAAUUCCUUUUUUGAUUCUGUUUUCUACAUUUCUCAUUUCUUUUCCAAUUUCUUCCUCUAGUCUUCUGACAUCAUUUCUUUUUCCCCUUAAAUUUAAUUUUAUUUUAAACUUAAAUACAAAAUGAGAAAAGGAAAAAGUGCCAUGUACAGAGUAGAACAAAAGGAUUCAAUAUAAAGCAAUAAAGUUCCAUUUCAAGAAAACCUAUACAAUAAAUACUAUACAUUAUUUUCAAA